GCGGCUGCAGAACCUCAGAAGCCAUUUUGAGAUGAUGUCCCUGUUGAGAAAGCCUAUGAAGAUGCUGAAAUCAACGAACAUGGUUACAUUUCUGUCUGUUUCUCCCUCCGUCUCCUCUAUUGCACCAUGGCAGCUGUCAACCGACGGGACAUUAGCAAAGCGGGGUAUCAAGCUGUGCUCACAGAGUUAAAACGUCAUUGAUAUGAAAGAGGAGAGUGUCUGUUUACUGUCUCUGUCGAGACAUGUAACACCGUGAGUUUUUUCCAGUCUGAAAUCUUGCAGCAUCUCUCACAACCCAACGUCUCCUUGAGUGACUGAGUUAACUCACUCUGGUGCCGGGGAGAAGGGAGGCAGAUCCGUUUUCCAAUGGCUUCUGUGAGCCUUGUUUCCAGUCCCCCAGCCCCUGUUCUUGACAAAAACAUGACAGACUCUGAGCUUGCAGGGGAUGAAAGAGAGGAUGGUGAACUGGAAGAUGGAGAAAUAGAUGAUGAAGGGAUUGGAAUUGAAGAGGAAAACAAAGAGUCUGUGGAGGUGAAUGAUGACAAAGAAAAAGAGAAGGAAAAGGAAAAAUGUAAAGAGAAAGAAGAAAAGACCCACAGGCACUCGAGGAAAAGAUACAAGAAGACCAGAGAGAAGAGGAGGUCUAAAAGGAGGAGGCGCGACCGACAGAAACACCACUCCCCCUCCAGCAGCUCCAGCUCUGACAGUUAUGACUCUGACUAUGACCGACCAGAACGGCCCAAAAACCGGAAGACCCAGGGAUGUAGCCGCGAGUCCGAUGGCCAGUCGUCUCAGCAUGGACGGGAUUCAAAAGGAGGCCAUGGCAAGUCCCCGCCGCACAAGAGCAGCGAUUUUGACAAAUACAGUGACUACAGUGAUGACAGAUAUGACUAUGAUGAAGAGGAGGAUGAUUAUGACGAUGAUGAGUAUCCUCAGUCAAAAGAUUCCCAGAGUCAUGGAAGGGGACGCCAUGCAAAAGACCAGAUGAGGAGAGGAAACAUGAGGGGGAUGAAACAACAGCAGUAUGGGCAGAGAGGAAGGGGCAGAGGUAGUGGACCAGGGAGAGGACGUGGGAUGCUCAACAAGAACAAGAAGCUGAAGGGCAAACCCUGGGGAGGACGUGGACGAGGUCGAGGAGGAGACCAGGGCAUGGAAGAAAUGAUGCCAGAAGGAAAAAAUUCCUCUGGUUUUCAGAAGAAACGUCCAAUUAUGAGCAAGGAGUUCAUCAAUCAGCACACAGUUGAACACAAUGGCAGAUACAUCUGCAAGUAUUUCCUGGAGGGUCGAUGCAUCAAGGGAGAACAGUGCAAGUUUGAACAUGAGCUCGUCAUACCUGAUAAGAAGAAAGAGCUUUGCAAAUUUUACCUCCAGGGUUACUGCAGUAAAGGAGAUAAUUGCAUUUACAUGCACAAUGAAUACCCGUGCAAGUUCUUUCACACAGGAGCCAAAUGUUAUCAAGGGGACAACUGUAAGUUCUCCCACGAGGCUUUGAAUGAUGUGACCAAAGAGUUGCUUGAUAAGAUAAUUAACACAGAAGAGGAGAACGCCCGUGAGGAUGAAUUGGAGCUUGAGGACCUGAGAAAGCAGGGAAUCGCCCCACUUCCGAAGCCUCCUCCUGGGGUGGGGUUGCUGCCCACUCCGGGACAGAGCAGUCCUACAGAUGGCGCCUCUGGGCAAGGCGGGAAGAAAAUCCCCUCCCUGUUUGAAAUCAAGGUUCAACCCACUGUGAACUUGGCACAAAAAAUUGGUCUGAGUGGCUCCAGCUACUCCCAGAAUCAAGGUGAAGGUACCAAUCAGUUCAGUGGAGGCUCAGAGGACCCACAGACUGGAGGUGUGGUACCUGCAGGCACUUCUGCUCCUCCUAUUCCUCCCCCUGGAUCACCUGGUCCCAUGGGUCACCCUACAGGGCCACCCAUGCCACAGAGCCCCCCAGGAUUUCCAAUGCCGCCACCAAUCCCCCCUGGUCAACCCCCACCCUUCCACGGAAACCACCCACAGAUGAAUAUGCAGAGGCCUCCGUUCCCUGCUAUACCAGAUCUGCAGAUGCUGCAAAAUCUCUUCCCUUUUCCAUCGAUGGGUCAGAACCCAGUAGAGCUCUUCAGCAGCUUCCUCCGAAACCAGGCCAUGGGUCAGCAAGGAGACCCUGCUCUGGCCUUCAUGCAGAACCUCCAGCAGCAGUUGGGUGCAGAAUCACAGUUACAGUCUUUACCACCAGCCGUGCAGAAAGCCAUCUUUCUACACCUGACACAGCAGCAAGAGUCACAUCAACAGGGGAAUGAGCCACAGAGAGCAGAGGGCCAGGAUGAUAAUACCAACAGGGAUGAAACUACAAACUGGUACUCAAGCGAUGAGGAGGAUGGGGGCUGUGUUUCUGCAAUCCUUAAAUCUCUAAAGAAGCAGAGCGAGAUGUCUCAUUCCAAGUCCCUCCAGGCUGCUGUGGGGACUCCAGCACUAGGUGACCCUCGGCUUGUGAAGGAGAGGGCCCCACCCAGCGACCCCCGUGUGAAGACAGACCCUCGACAGCGACCCCUUGAUAUGAAAAAGGAGUCAGAUGGAUCUGCAGACCCAAGGCUCUCCAGAGACCCCAGGAAGAUGAGACCGAUGGAAACGAGCUCAUAUCGCCACCCUGGUCCUCAGAAGCCUACAGGAGAAGAAGACGAUGAAGGAGAGAGGGAGCUCAGAGACAAAGCUGUUCUCAUCCCUGUAGAUGCCGGCCCUGGCGUGGUGCUGCGAGACCCUCGAUGCCAGUUAAAGCAGUUUAGCCACAUCAAGGUGGACAUCCUGCUCCAGCGACCAGCCUUUGCACAAACAGUGGUGUGGGCCCCUGAGGACCUUAUACCUUCCUUGGUGCCCAAACAGGAACACUCCAUCAACCUGCCCCUUCCUCCGCUGAUUGCAGAUGCUCAGAUGAACCGAGCGAGCCUGCCUGACCAUCCGCCCGUAUCCAGCCCUCCGCCGACAGACCCCAGACUGGCAGCGGCACGUUUGAAGGAGCGCAUGAGUCGAUUGUCCUCUGGAUCUAUAGAGGCUCGAUCAUCCGCUGAAAGACCUGCUGAUCCACGACAGCAGAAGACUCUGGACCCUAGACUCAAGCGUGCAGGGAGUCUGGACUCUAAGCUGCUGGGCCAGAAAGAGCCCUCCUCCGCGGGAGGUGUUGUUGACCCAAGGCUACAGAAGGCCAGUGUAAGUCCCUCUCCUCAUGCCACUCGAGCCAAACCAGAGCCUGAGAAACUGCCACCGUAUGCACCACGUCUGGCAUCCUCUGGUGGAGGGCUAGAGAGUCCCACUACAAUCCUUGGGGGCAUCAGUCUGUACGAUCCGCGUUAUCAAUCCGCGCAGGCUCAGAAGGAGCAAGCAGAGCCUCCUAAAAAGGCAGGGAUUCUCAAACACCCUGAUAAGAAAGACAACACUCCGCCGCCAUCACUUUCACCACCCCAAAGAAGUAGCUCUUUCGAAGACCCCAAAAGCACAGACAUUGCCUCAGAUCAGACUCCACCUUCCAGUUCUCCCCCAGUGCCUCCUACGUCCCCUGUAAAACCCCCUGCCGUUCAUAAUCUCCCCAUCCAGGCACUGGCCGGGCUGAUCCGACCCCAGUACACCGACCCCAGGCAGGCCAAACUGGGAGGACAAGCCUCUACAGGUGUACAAGAAGAGGCAGAAGAAAAGAAGGAGAAGGAGCAGGAGAUGGAGACAGAGAAGGAGGAGGAGGAGGCCAUUGAGGAAGAACUGAAACAGGACGAUCCAGAUGAGGAGGCAGACGACAGGACACUCAAAGAUGUGUUCAAGACUUUUGAUCCCACUGCUUCUCCUUUCUGUCAGUAAUCAUGAACCUAUUUAUUUCUGUAUAUAAACGAUCCUGUAUAGAAACACAUGCUAUCUAGUACACCAUACAUUUGUGGACAUGAUGCUCGAUUUGUACACAAAAAAAAGUGAAAAGUUCAUUUUAACAUUAUCAUAUUAAUGCUGAAGUGUGUGUUUUGGAAGUGUGUUGAGGUCUUUUAUUAUUGUGUAAUUUUCAUGUACGUUUGAAACAAUCAGAAAAGAGGAAUUAUUUCAACCGUGUAGUUUUCACUAAGGACUGCCCCACAUAUUGUUUACUAUUCUCUGGAUUCAUUCCAGACAUUAAACUCUGUAUUAUAGCUCAUUCGUUCACUCUACAUGCAGAGAGAUAAUGUGCAGCAAUCCAUCGAACAACAGUUGUAGGAACGCCCUCCAGAUUUUUUGUAUUAUUUAUUUCAAGACACUUUUAUAUCAUGAGAUUUUUAUGUUUAUGCCCAUUUUUAUGAGAAGGGAUUUUUUUCACAAUAAGUCAGCCGUUGACUAUAUAACAUAGAAGUCCACAGAUGUUUUUUUGUAUAUUUACAUUAUUUUUGUUUACCACACAGCCUGAUAUAAGUUUCGCUGAGCUCACACGAUCAGGUCAGAUAAUCAAUAUAGUGCCCCCUUUUUUUUACUGCAUUUUUCCCAGAAAGGCACAUAUGUUGAGAUACAUAAGUUAAUUCUUUAAUCGUUUGCCUGAAAUGCAUGUAGUAAUGAUCAAUUGCUCUUCUCUCUUACAGCAUGGUGUUUUAAAAUUAAAUUCUCUACAACAGGCUGGGCCAGAGUCUUAGGUUUGAUUUGGACUGACAGAUGUUUCUAGUGAAAAUAAAAAAAAAUAUUUUUAAAAUUAUAAUAUAAAUUGUUAUCUUUGCUGUUUUAUUUUUGUAAAAUAAGUGUUCUUUGAAAAUAUAGGAUCCCAAAUUAUUUUUCAAUGAGUGAGCACAGCAGGCAGACAAAGUUAAGUGAACUUGGGUUCAAAGUACCAUUUUCCAUUUUAAGAAUACAGUAUGAUACAUUUGUGUGUUUGUGUUUCUCUGGUGGCCAAACAUCAAGUUUGAAUUUUGGCCAUCAAAGGUGAAAAGAUUGGGCACCUCUUCUCUACAGUUAAGCUAGCUUGCAGAGUUGCUGUGCAAUAUGAAACAGUUUUCUGUUUAGAUGGGAAAAAAAAGAUCAGAAUAACAGUUUUUUACUAUUUGAGCGUUUAACAUUACUGUUGUAGGCUUUUCUAACUUGCAAACCAGUAUUUAAAGGCAGUAAGUCAUUAUGGGCUUCUUAAUUUGAUUUGUCAUUGUUUCUUUUUAAAACAUUUGCUGCUUACAAGCUUGUAAAUAGCAGUUGAACUGUCUCUCACCUGUUUUCAUCAGAAUAAGAAAUCAAGAAAGAAAUAACGUAUACUAUGAAAAGAGGGAUGUGGAUAUAUAUGAUACAAAUAUGGCCGUAACGAGUAUGUUUCAUGUAAACUUGUUGGAAUUGACUGCAGAUGUACUCAUGCAGGGUUAUACUGUAAGUGCUACACAGAGUAAACGCUGUAGGCCGUGAGGCAGUUUAAGCUCUUCAUCUGCUGAGGUGAGCUGCAACUAAGCUACGUACUUUUAUUUGUUUUUCACAAGUCACAUUGUAAAUGCCUAUUUUGUAUCACGUGUACAGUCAGUUUUUGAGUGUUUUAAUGAAUAAUGCUUUAUUUUUUUCCCCUGUCAGUAUGGUGAUUAUGGUUGUAAUAAUACUGUAUGACAUUUUAACAACACAUAUGCUUGUCACAUUUCAGUGAUUUUAUUAUGAAUAUCUGAAAUAAAGAAAUAAAAUACAAGUCAUUUUAUUUCAGAAUCACA